AUGAGCGCUUGGCAGUGGCAGGAGUGGCAGGAGUGGGGGGAGUGGGUGGAGUGGGAGGCACCCCGGGAGCAUCCCCGUGACUUCAAGCCUUGCUGCGUUGAGAGCAACCCCUGGAGCUACCCAGCAGAAGCACCAGAGCCGCUUUCAGACUCCAAGGGUUGCGAAGAUGAAGAUCUCUGCUGCUACAUCUCUUUGGCCUCCGCCUCCGAGCCGGAAACCGUCCUGGGCCUGGGCGUGUUUGCUCAUCGGAGGACCCUGCGGCAGCUGCGCCGAGGGCUCCCUCCCGACAUCUCCUUCACCACGGACUACGUGGACGUCGAGGCCUUUAACGAGGGGCUCCGCGUGGCUCAAUCCAGGCCCCGCAGAUCCACAGCUCUGGUCACCUCCUCCCGAGGCGAGCUGAACGCAUGGUUGCCUUUGUAUAUCCAUGCAUCCCACUGGGCGCGUUCCAGGCAGUACAUCGGGCCUGCUUUUCAAAGUCUUUUGGGUCCCGGACAGCUUGGGCAGCUGAGUGCUUCAGAUGCCCUGAAUGUGUGCUGCUCCUUGUUGACUCACGCAGCAACUGAUCUUAGUCUUGGGGCCAAAGUGACCGAACGGGCUGUGCAAAUGUAUGCAGAUGUCCACCGACUGCUGCUGCAACUGGCAUACGAGUGGCCUGAGCUGAAGCAAGCAGCUGCAGAUCGGGUCCACACCUUCCUAUCUGAGCCGGCCAAGCGUGUGCGCCGCAGCACUCACAGUAUGGGCGACCUGGCGCAUUGCCUCCUGGUGGUGGACGACGUGGACUGGAAGCACCUGGAGUCCGCUGCCAUCCCAGAAGCCCUACGCCGGCACGUGUGGCGUCGGGAGUGCGAAGGACUACUCUUCGAUGAAGGCAGCUUCGACGGCUCGGCCUCUAGCUUGCUCAAGGAGUGGGAGAACUUCGCCCCAAAUGCGUGCAAGGUACUUUGCUUCAUCACCUUCUACAUUCGGGAGUUUGGGAAGCCAACAGGCAGCUCACUGGAGGAUGUCAUGGUGGAAAUGGAUGGUCGCUGGGGACGCCUGUCACCGGCAUCUCACUGCAAGAUCGCCUCCUUCUGCAACUCGUUGCAUCAGCAAGCGACCCUGCGGGGGAUCCUCGAGCUGAUGCAGGCCUCCUACAUCGAGGAGUACCUAGCCGAGACAGUGCUCUGGGCCGUGCGUCACGGUAGCCGACGUGCUGGGCGCGCCAACUGGAGGAGGGGCUGCGGACCAAGAAGAGAAGCCACCCCGCAGCUCGCGCCCGCGGAUAGUUGCCCCUUGCUGAGGUCCCUGCAAGGUGCGCGCGGAGUGCACAAAAGCUGCGCCAAUCGAACCAUGCAAUGGAGGCCCAAGAAAGCCUGCACGGAAAUGGAAGAGGAGUGUGAAGGUGUACAGACUUGGACCGUGCAGCCUGUACAUUGGGGGAUUCCCUGGUACGUGCCCCCUAUGUUCGUAUUCGCAAUGCCAUGGCAAGGUUGGUGGUUUCCAUAG